CCACGCUCUGAUGGCGGUCACUGCUGGAGCUUUGGCCAUUUCGUAGGGCCGGUCCUCGCUCGGUACUGUGAGGACUUGGUGCCUCCCUCCUUUGUCCUCUUCACCGGUCUGCGCAUCGUCCCCAAGGGCGCAGGCCUUCCGCUGGCUGGCAGCAUGGGCAGGGAGUCUCGCCAUUACCGAAAACGGUCAGCAUCUCGAGGUCGCUCUGGAAGUCGGUCUAGGAGUCGCUCACCCUCUGACAAAAGAAGCAAACGUGGAGAUGACAGGCGUUCCAGGAGUAGAGACAGAGACAGAAGGAGAGAGAGGUCUCGGAGCAGGGACAAAAGGAGAUCUCGGUCACGGGACAGGAAACGCCUGAGACGUUCCAGAAGUAGAGAGCGUGACAGAAGCCGAGAGCGAAGAAGAUCUCGAAGCCGGGAUAGAAGGCGCUCAAGGAGUCGGAGCCGGGGCAGGCGGUCCCGGUCUUCCAGUCCUGGCAGCAAAAGCAAGAAAGCUGAGAACAGGUCUAGGUCCAAAGAGAAAGCAGAAGGUGGGGACAGCUCCAAGGAGAAGAAGAAAGACAAGGACGACAAGGAGGACGAGAAAGAGAAGGAUGCUGGGAAUUUUGACCAGAAUAAGCUGGAAGAAGAAAUGAGAAAACGAAAAGAAAGGGUUGAAAAAUGGCGAGAAGAGCAGCGUAAAAAGGCGAUGGAGAACAUAGGGGAGCUGAAGAAGGAGAUCGAGGAGAUGAAGCAGGGGAAGAAGUGGAGCCUGGAAGAUGACGACGAUGAUGAAGAUGACCCUGCCGAGGCUGAGAAGGAAGGGAAUGAAAUGGAGGACGAGGAGCUGGACCCAUUAGAUGCCUACAUGGAGGAAGUGAAAGAAGAGGUAAAAAAGUUUAACAUGAGGAGCGUGAAAGGCGGCGCAGGAAAUGAGAAGAAGUCCGGACCGACUGUCACGAAAGUGGUUACUGUGGUAACAACCAAGAAAGCAGUAGUAGAUGCCGACAAGAAGAAGGGAGAGCUGAUGGAGAAUGACCAGGACGCCAUGGAGUACUCCUCGGAGGAGGAAGAGGUUGACCUUCAGACGGCCCUCACAGGCUACCAGACAAAACAGAGAAAGCUUCUAGAGCCAGUGGAUCAUGGGAAAAUUGAGUAUGAGCCAUUCAGAAAAAACUUUUACGUUGAAGUUCCAGAAUUAGCGAAAAUGUCUCAAGAAGAGGUGAAUGUGUUUCGGUUGGAAAUGGAGGGCAUUACAGUUAAAGGAAAAGGUUGCCCCAAGCCAAUUAAAUCAUGGGUCCAGUGUGGAAUUUCCAUGAAGAUACUGAAUUCCCUCAAAAAGCAUGGCUAUGAAAAGCCCACACCAAUCCAAACUCAAGCAAUUCCUGCUAUAAUGUCUGGACGAGAUUUGAUUGGCAUUGCCAAGACAGGAAGUGGAAAAACCAUUGCUUUUCUUUUGCCCAUGUUUAGACACAUCAUGGAUCAGAGGUCAUUGGAAGAAGGAGAGGGACCAAUCGCUGUCAUCAUGACUCCAACUCGAGAACUGGCUUUACAAAUCACUAAAGAAUGUAAGAAGUUUUCGAAGACCUUGGGACUGAGAGUGGUCUGUGUGUAUGGAGGGACAGGAAUCAGCGAGCAGAUUGCUGAGCUGAAGAGAGGCGCUGAGAUCAUUGUUUGCACACCUGGCCGGAUGAUCGACAUGCUGGCAGCUAACAGUGGUCGGGUCACAAAUCUUCGAAGAGUGACAUAUGUUGUUUUAGAUGAAGCAGACAGAAUGUUUGACAUGGGUUUUGAACCACAGGUCAUGCGCAUUGUGGACAAUGUCCGUCCUGACCGACAGACAGUUAUGUUCUCAGCUACUUUCCCAAGAGCUAUGGAAGCGUUGGCCCGCAGGAUCUUGAGCAAGCCCAUUGAAGUUCAGGUUGGAGGCCGGAGUGUGGUUUGCUCAGAUGUGGAACAACAAGUGAUUGUGAUUGAAGAAGAGAAGAAAUUCUUGAAAUUGCUGGAGCUUUUAGGCCAUUAUCAGGAGUCAGGAUCUGUCAUUAUAUUUGUGGAUAAGCAGGAACACGCUGAUGGUCUUCUGAAGGACUUGAUGAGAGCUUCCUACCCUUGCAUGUCUCUUCACGGAGGUAUUGAUCAGUAUGACAGGGACAGUAUCAUAAAUGACUUUAAGAAUGGAACCUGCAAACUUCUCGUAGCCACGUCUGUUGCCGCCCGUGGUCUAGAUGUGAAACAUCUCAUUCUUGUAGUAAAUUACAGCUGCCCCAAUCAUUACGAAGAUUACGUGCACAGGGCUGGGCGGACUGGAAGAGCAGGCAACAAGGGUUAUGCCUACACCUUCAUCACAGAAGACCAAGCUCGAUAUGCUGGGGACAUCAUUAAAGCUCUUGAACUGUCGGGGACGGCGGUGCCUCCUGACCUAGAGAAACUAUGGAGUGACUUCAAAGAUCAGCAGAAAGCUGAAGGAAAAAUAAUUAAAAAGAGCAGCGGCUUCUCUGGCAAGGGGUUCAAGUUUGAUGAGACAGAGCAGGCUUUAGCCAAUGAGAGGAAAAAGCUACAAAAAGCUGCCCUUGGCCUGCAGGAUUCUGAUGACGAGGACGCCGCAGUUGAUAUUGACGAGCAGAUUGAAAGCAUGUUUAAUUCCAAGAAGAGAGUGAAAGACAUGGCUGCUCCCGGCACAUCCAGUGCGCCUGCUCCGACUGCGGGCAAUGCUGAGAAGCUAGAGAUUGCCAAGAGGUUGGCGCUUAGAAUCAACGCUCAGAAGAACCUGGGCAUCGAGUCUCAGGUAGAUGUGAUGCAGCAGGCCACAAAUGCCAUCCUCAGAGGUGGCCCUCUUCUGGCUCCCACCGUGUCUGCAAAAACCAUCGCAGAGCAGCUUGCCGAGAAGAUCAAUGCCAAGCUCAAUUACGUGCCUUUGGAGAAACAGGAAGAAGAGAGACAGGAGGGUGGGCAGAGCGAAUCUUUCAAGAGAUACGAGGAAGAAUUAGAAAUUAAUGACUUCCCACAGACGGCGAGGUGGAAAGUUACCUCUAAGGAAGCCUUGCAGAGGAUCAGUGAGUACUCGGAAGCCGCCAUCACAAUCAGAGGGACCUACUUCCCGCCUGGCAAAGAGCCCAAGGAAGGAGAGCGGAAGAUCUACUUGGCGAUUGAAAGUGCCAACGAGCUGGCUGUGCAGAAAGCAAAGGCAGAGAUCACCAGGCUCAUAAAAGAGGAGCUGAUCCGACUGCAAAAUUCAUACCAACCCACCAACAAAGGACGAUACAAAGUAUUAUAAACACCGGAGCCACUUUGUACCCGUGCUGUCUGUGACGUUUACAGUGUAUUGUAAAGUAAGACUUUUAAAAUUCUGUCUUGCUUAUUUUUUAAGUACAAGAAACCAGUGUUUGUUCAAGAGGUCAUCUGUAAGUACUACCCUAUACCCAUCCAAACUCCAUUUAAAUCAGAGCUGUUUUCAGAGUGUGAUGUUCUUCGAUGUAAACCUUAGAUACCAACACUUUAAAUAUCUGGAGACAUUGGGAUUUUGUACUGAAUGCAGUAAUAAAGUGUGUCAGGCACUAAGGGACCACUGGCCUAUCCUUUCGGUGGAAUUGUGAUGUGCUCAUCGCCUGAGAACAGGUAAAGAAAGUCCUUGUCACUUCUUGUUGCUGCCUCUAAGCUUAUGUCUUCCUGGACAGAAUGGACCGUAGUAACUGGAUCUCAGAAUGUUGGGGGAGAAGUUUACAUGACAGGCUCAGAGUUUUUCAUUUUAAUUUUAUCGGAAUGAUAAAUGAGUAAUAGUCAAGCCUUGGUUAUAAAAUUAAAGAGAAAAGUAUAAUGGGAUUUUUGCGUUUCUUUCUUUUUUUUUUUUUUUUUUUUUUUUUUUUUUUUUCGGAGCUGGGGACCGAACCCAGGGCCUAAGCGCUCUACCACUGAGCUAAAUCCCCAACCCCUGCAUUUCUUUCUUAUUCCUACUUUUGAGAGAGUCCCUGUGGAGCAUGGGCUAAGGGCUGGCCUUGAACUUACGAUCCUCCCUAUCUGCCUCUCCAGGGCUUGUUUUUACCACACUCAGCUUCCACUUCUUUUUACUGUGCUAGUGUUUCUACUUCAGGUUCUCUCUCAACCUCUGGUUUUGCCAAGUAUGAACUCCUUUAUUGACUUCCUUUAGAGAAAAGGAUUGUGACCAAUAUACUACAUGUCAUGCCCAUCCCUCAAAAAUGUUCCUUCACUCAUCGAUAUUAUGGUCCAUACAAGCACUGAAAUAAUUCAACUUGGAUUUUCCUUCAGGAUGACGGAGUUAUAAGUUGUCCCCCUUGUUAAAACAAGGCCUGGUGGUGCAUUGCCUGUACUCACGGCCCCUGGGAGGCAGGGGUAGAAAGAUCAUGAAUUUGAAGUACAGUUUGGCCGUACAUAAUAAAGCCUCGUGUCAAAAAACUAAACAGACAAGGCUGGGGAUUUAGGUCAGUGGGAACGCACUUGCUUAAGUGAACCCCAUGUCUGACACAGGAUAAAGCCAAAGUGUUUUGUGCUAACUACUGAUUGUUGGGCCGGUGAGGUGACUCUGGCUGUUGGGCCGGUGAGGUGAUGCAGUGGGUAUGGUUUUUGCUGUCACACCUGAUCACCUCGGUUCCAUCACUUGGAUCCAUAUAGCAGAGUGCAAGUUGUUCUGUAAUAUGUGUUAACGGGUGUGUGUGUGUGUGUGUGUCUGUGUGUGUGUGUGUCUGCUCUGUGAUAAUACAUCUCAAACACAGCUAUAAAUAAACGCAGGAAACGGAAGUAAACAAAUUACAUCAAAUGCUGGCAUUUGCAUUACGGACCACAGCAUUUCUUAGUAAGAUUUAGUGCACAAAGAACCAAGAAUUGCUCUUCAGAGCACUGAGGUCUAAUUCUGAAUAAUCGCAUUACCUAAAGGGACAGAACAAUUUUUUAUUCUCGAUUUAAACCAGGUUUAGGGGCCCCCACCUGUAAUUCCAGCCCUUAGGAGCCAGAGGCAGGAUGGACCCUGAGUUCAAGACCAGCCUGUUCUUUCCUGCAUGUAGUUCUACAUAGUGAGUUUCAGGUCGGGGUUGGGGAUUUAGCUCAGUGGUAGAGCGCUUGCCUAGCAAGCGCAAGGCCCUGGGUUCGGUCCCCAGCUCCAAAAAAAAGAAAAAAAAAAAAAAAAAAGAGUUUCAGGUCAGCCAGAGCUACACAGUGAGACCCAGUCUUGUAAAAAGAGAACAGGCAGAUGUAUAUGUAUAUGUUGUUGAUGUAGAGGUUGAUUUUAAGUCAGAGCAUACGAUAGUUGUUAAACACUUUUAAGGCUAGUGGUAAUUCAGUGGUCAGAGGACCCAGGUUCAGUUCUCAGCACCCACAUGGCAGCUUACAGUUGUCUGUAAUUCUAGUGGCUAAAUCUAAAGAACAGUAAACCAAUGUAACAUAGUUAAAAGCCAGGUGACAGCCAUGUGUCCUACUUGUUAGUGUAACUGUAAAGUCUCCUUGGGAAAUACUUUUAGACCUUCACAUGCCCAGUCACUUCACUCCGAGCAAACAAAGGAGUCACCAGGACAGCAGAAGGCAAUGCACUCUACACUGGAACCCCAGGCACCAGCUUUUCUUCCCGCCCUCCCCCUUGGUUGGUUCAUUGCUUCUCUCCAUCGCCCAGGUGUAGUUUGUUACUUUCAGAGUAUGCAGCAGCCACACUGGUACAGUGGUGCUCCCUGAACUCCACACUGGUGCAGUGGUGCUCCCUGAACUCCCUGGCUCCCUGGAGAUUCAGAAGUUACAUCAUAUCACAUUGUCUGUUUGUGUAUCUAACUGUGAAGAGACACCGAUAGCAUUUUGUUCUAAAAUGAGAUAUUGUUGAUCUGUUAGUGUCAACACUGGUUUUUAAAGUUUUAAUGCUGUACAGAGUUAAAUUCAUUUUUGAUGCAAUAUCAAUAUUUGCUUGCACUCUCUAAAUUUCUUACAGAAUAAAGUUAAGUCAGCCGGCA